GUCCCGCAAACUCCGCAGACUGACAGCUGGGUUCUGAGCCCCAGCUGUGGCAGUACUGGCCGCGCAGUCUAGCCUUGGUCUUUCGCCCUUAGAAAACGAAAGUUGGACCUCCGAGGGCUCUGCAGACCUCGACUUCCACUGUCGCGCGAUCGCAGCGUUUCUGAGGGUUUUGGGCACAGAGUUCACCUUUCGAAAAUCAUGGCAUAUUAGACCGCUUUUGUUCUUCCCUCCCUCCCUUUCAGGAUUGUAACCAGAGCCUGGGGAGCAAACAGAAACCCCACUUAACGAGGCCUGGAGUUCCCGUGACUCCUCCUUCCUCCCUGGACCCAGCUGCAGUGCCCUGCCCUGCGCAGAUAGUCUAGCAAAUUAAGCCCUCGGGAAGCCAGCUCCCGGGUGCGUCGGUGGCUGGCUGGCAGCAUCCCUCCUCCUCAGCCCCAAGCUCCCGGACCACCUGCUUGGGCUCCCUGGAAGGCGCAGCUGGCCGACUUGCCGGGCCAGGACGCGGCUGGCUGACAGCGAGCCAAGGCUGCCCACGGAGAACUCCCUUGCCCCUGCAGCUUUAGCACAGCCUGAGAGAAGCAGGCGUUCAUAAUGGGAGGAGACAUGUGGUUAGUGCCCAUCGGGCAGAAGCUACUCUACUGGGGAGCCACGGGUGCGGUUACUCUGCUGGGCACCAUCAUCGCGCUGACUCUGUUGCAGAUGCUGGUCGCUUAUGUCCGGAAAUGGAAUCAGAUGAAACCCAUCCCCACUGUUGCCACCGCGUACCCCCUGCUGGGACACUCCCUGCUUAUGAAAUCUGAUAGCCAAGAAUUUUUUGAACAGGUCACUCAGUAUACUGAAGAAUACAGACAGGAACCCCUGCUAAAAUUGUGGAUAGGACCAGUGCCAAUGGUGGCAUUGUAUCAUGCUGAUAAUGUGGAGGCACUUUUAUCAAGUUCAAAGCAAAUAGACAAAUCCUACAUGUAUAAGUUCCUGGAACCCUGGCUGGGCCUUGGACUCCUUACAAGUACUGGAAACAAGUGGCGUUCUAGGAGAAAAAUGCUAACCCCAACCUUUCAUUUCACGAUUCUGGAAGAAUUCUUAGAUAUCAUGAAUGAACAAGCUAAUGUAUUAGUCAAUAAGCUUGAAAAACACGUUGACCAAGAAGCCUUUAACUGUUUUCUUGACAUCACUCUUUGUGCUUUAGACAUAAUCUGUGAAACUGCUAUGGGUAAAAAUGUUGGUGCCCAGGCCAAUGGUGAUUCUGAGUAUGUCCGCUCAGUUUUUAGGAUGACAGAUAUAAUAUUUCGCAGAAUCAAGAUGCCUUGGCUUUGGCUUGAUGUGUGGUAUCUUCUGUUUAAAGAAGGAUGGGAACACAAGAGGAGUCUAAAAAUCCUACAUGAUUUCACAGACAAAGUUAUUGAAGAACGAGCCAGACAAAUGAAGGAAGGUGAGGCACAGAAGGUUGGGGACACGAAAGCAAAAAACGUCAAGAGGCAGGCUUUUCUAGACUUGCUUUUUAAUGCAACUGAUGAAGACGGAAACGUACUAAGUCAUCAGGACAUUCGAGAGGAGGUUGAUACUUUCAUGUUUGAAGGUCAUGACACCACAGCAACAGCUAUGAACUGGGUCAUCUACUUGUUAGGCUCCUACCCAGAAGUCCAGCGCAAAGUACACAAUGAACUGGAUAAAGUCUUUGGAAAAUCCGACCGCCCUGUUACAGUGGAUGAUCUGAAACAACUUAAAUAUUUGGAUUGUGUCAUCAAGGAGACCCUUCGUCUCUUUCCUUCUGUUCCUUUUUUUGCCCGUACUCUCAAUUCAGAUUGCUUCAUUGCUGGUUACAAGGUUCCAAAAGGCACGGAAGCAGUUAUCUUACCCUAUGCCCUGCACCGAGAUCCGAAGCACUUUCCAGACCCUGAGGAUUUCCAGCCCGAACGCUUCUUCCCUGAGAAUGCUCGUGGACGCCAUCCUUAUGCUUAUGUUCCAUUCUCAGCUGGACCUAGAAACUGUAUUGGUCAGAAGUUUGCAAUGAUGGAAGAAAAGACUGUCAUUUCCUGGGUGCUGAGGCAGUUUUGGAUCGAAUCCAUUCAAAAAAGAGAAGAACUUCACCUGGUGGGAGAAAUGAUUCUCCGGCCAAAGAACGGCAUCUGGAUUAAGCUGAAGAGGAGAAAAUAGGAAGGAACCUGAAAUUCGAUCAGCUGUAUUGUCAAUUCAUCAUCUAGCCUGAAAGAUGAGAGAGAGAGAGAGAGAGUGAGAGAGAGAGAGAGAGAAACUUACAAAAUUGUGGGCCCUCUGGUAGAGGACCCAUUUCAAAGGUGUGAUCUGUCUGUUGUCAUCGGCUUCAGAAUUAUAGCUAUGAAAGCAAAGGUUGGAUAUAUCAAGUAUCAGUGCAAAAGUUGGUAGUGACCGUGUCCUUGAAAUGUUUCCUCAGGUGGUCAUUCAUGUCAAUCACAGGAUGAACAAGUAACAAGUUCCCCAACCUGGAGGAUAUAGAUCAAUUUGUUGUCAUCUGUUUAUAGAUCCAAAUAAAUGAAGGAAAUCAGCA